ACCGACAUCAUACUCUGUCCCAGGGCAGCGAUGUGCUGAAGGCAAGCGGACACAGAGACACGAACUGGGUACUGGUGGUGUCGCACGCAUUCACAGGCGCAACGCGAGUUUUCCCUCUUGGCUUCAUCCCUCCCAACUUGGCGUUUGGCCGGUUUCACAGAGAAGAUGGCCUCGCCGGCCAUGAUCGUCAGCCAUAGCCCUUCUUGCUUCCCAAAACUUGAAUCUAGCCGCCUCCCCAUCAACCCUCGUCGACUUCUCGAGUACUUCCCUGGACUCAAUCGUUCAAAUGGGGUGAAGGGGAAACUAGCCUGCCCGGUUUUGAGACACCGGGGGAGUCGUAGGGUGGCCGCCGGCUGCUCAUCGUCUAGCUCAGCAGAAGGAGCCAGCAGCGAUAGCAGCGGAGGAAUUCCUCCUCAGCCUCAGGCAGAGCAGGCGGGUGGUGAAGAUUUGAGGGCAAAAAUUGCAAAACUUGGGCUAUCAGCGGUGUUAGCCUAUGGCCUUUUUGAUGGAAUCACCUACACAACAUUCUUCAUACUUGCUUUUCUUGGAUAUGAGAAGAGCACAGGAAAGAACCCUGCUGCCAAUCUCAAAGCACUACUAGGGAUUGUUAUCUUGAUGUGGACUGGAAACAAUGUCACACGGCCAUUUCGUGUCGCUGGUGCAGCUGCUUUAGCUCCCAUCAUUGACAAGGGUCUCAAGAAAAUUCAGAGGUACUUUAACUUGCCAAGUUUGUUCUAUGCCUUUGCACUGGUGGUGAGCAUAGUUGCUGUAUCCUGCUUCACUAUUGUUGGCCUGCUAAUUCUCUCAAGAUGGGGAAAGUAAGAGCAAAGAGAUGGGCCUUUUUUGUUGUAUUGUUGUCCAUUUGCGACGACACACCAUGUACUGCGGGUGACAUUUCAUAAUUCAAAAAAUGUUGGUUUUUA